AGCAGUUUACGGGUUGGGUUUGAGGGUUCUAGUAUUUGCCCCUGUUUUUCAACCCUUAAAAGUGUCAAAAAGUGGCACUUCUCAACCCUUAAAAGUGCUUUGAGGAUUUGAGAGUUUGAGGGUUCUACUAGUAAUGCUCUUAGUAGGUCAGACUUACGGAUCUACAUGCUCACUGCAGCUGCAUCGUCUUCUCCGCAUGGCGGCGCCUUCUUCAACUGAACUCCGCAUCGCCUCUUCGAUUCGCCCUACGCAGAUGAACUCCACCGACCAGGUCGCCAUGGUCGCCGACCAGCUCCUUGAUCAGAACACGAUGGCCGCCGAUGAGCUCCGUGAUCAGAUCACGCUGGCGCCCGAGAAACUCCCUGUUCCUAACCCAGCGCCUUCCGCCUGCUCCACCAACAACUGUCUGCGGGGGCUUGCACAGGGCAAUGUGACCACCGCAGUCAAGGCUGGAGUCAGGUUGGAAAUCCCAAAUAGGGCUGUGCUCGAUAGCAAGGGGCUCACAGUUAAACAAGAAGAACAUGCUACAGACAGUGAUGUUGAGGCUGCCUAUACACCACAGGCCCAUGCCACCUACAACAAUCACAACCAGUUCCUCUGUAAAAAGCACAAGCAGCCAUUUGAGUACAUCGACCGGCCCUUGUCAUCGGAUUGGAUCCCAGAUUAUAAACGAGAAGAAAUCCAUCUAAAACCAGGGGAAUUCAUUAUUCGCGGUGAGCCUUGCAUCGGUUAUGCUGAUGAGUUUAGCCCGUACUGUGUGUACGGAAAUGAAGUGAAGUUGUACAACAAUAAUCUUAAGAAGCUGCGCAAGCUAAUUAAAAACAAGAGAACACCUAACAGCUACUAUGUCUGCCACAUGACAAAGACCUUUGCAACCCCUGGAAAAAGAAUGUAUUUUCUGGUGCCCUUCUCUAAAGGCAGUAUCUACCCACAUAUGGAUGCCAGCCAGCAAUGAAUUGCCAGUGAGCAAUGGAGAUGGUACUGUCAACGCCACAGUUCGCUUCAUCAAAGGCGUCGACAACAGAGCCACCAUCACAAAGAACUGGAGCGCUUUCUUUCAGAAGGCAGAAAUGAAAGAGGGCCGGGUCUAUGCCUUUGCGUUCAAAUGCUCAACGAAGGGGCUGCGCCUGAUCGUCUAUCCCCUAUAUGGAGAUCCAUGAAUAUCUGUUGAGUCUAUCCUAGGGUAUACUUUUGGAGCGCGUGUAGCAAAGCAGCAAUGUCAUUUCUAUGUCCUUCCAUCUGUUGAUCUCUCUCAAAACUGUUUCUUCCUUUGCUGUAAAUUAUUGUUCUUAACUACAAUGUCUCCGUAGAAGCGGUUUGAAUUAAUAUGUUGACAGACCACCCUCCCUUAUUGUGAAAGAGAUAGUCUUUUGGGAUGAAUUUACUUA